AUGAGUAACUUUGCCACCCCGGCCCAGCAGCAGUUAGCUGCUGUGAAUGGGGCGGCGGGCGAUGCGGAUGUUCCCUCUCAGCCCGACGUGUACGCGAGUGUAUUGUGGCAUGGCGGGCAGCUGGGGCUCGCUUACUACAGCGCCAACGAUUGCGCCGUUUACUUCAUGCCGGAUGCCCCAGACGCACAGGAUCUCAGGUUGCUGAGGAAGGCGAUAGAAGAGCUGCAGCCCCGGUGCAUUUUAACAAGCGCAAAGCAAGACCGUAACAUGGCCGAUUUCCUCAAGGCGGCGGGGACCGCCGACAACGGAGAGGAUGGGAAGCCAGAAAUAGCAAUCUUCCCCAAUGUGGACUUCGGGCUGAAUAUCAGCAAGCAGCGGGUGCUGUCGGUGAACCUGCCCUGUAUCCCCACGCACCUGACCGAAGCAGAAAGAAUCAUGUAUCUGGCGUCAGUUAUACCAUUCGAGUGCGCCACCAUGUUGCGAGCCCUUGGGGGCCUGUUGAAGUUUCUAGAGAGGAGGAGGGUUGGAGUGGAGUUGGAAGAUCCCAGCGUGAGCGUCCCCAUCUUGGCACUAAGGAAAUUUGCAUUGAAUGACAUCGUGCACAUUGACCAGGACGCCUACUGCGUGUUGCAGAUUUUCAAGUCAGAAGUGCACCCAUCCGUGUACAAACUGGCAUCUGGAUUGAAAGAGGGGCUCAGCUUGUUCGGAGUUAUGAAUCGCUGCAAAUCUCAGUGGGGGACAAAGCUGAUGAGGUUAUGGUUUAUGCGUCCUACCAAGAACCUGGGCGAGUUGAACAAACGGCUGGAUGUCAUCCAGUUUUUCAUGCUGGCCAGAAACACCGAGCUAAUGCACACACUUCAAGAUUGCUUAAAGCACAUCAAAAAUAUCCCACUAAUUUUGAAGAGGAUGACGCUAUCUUACACCAAAGUGAACGAUUGGCAAGGUCUUUACAAGACUGUGUACAAUGCUGUGUGCAUUGGAGAUACUUGCAGGUCCCUCUCCAGGUCUGUGGAACUGUUUGCAAAGGUUUCUCAGACUUUCACAGAUGAUCUUCAUUAUAUUGUCAGUCUCAUCAAUAAAGUGGUGGAUUUUGAAGGUAGUAAUACAGAGAACAGAUUCACAGUUAAGCCAAAUGUGGACCCAGCCAUAGAUGAAAAAAAGCGUAAACUGAUGGGGCUGUCAGAUUUCUUAACUGAAGUAGCAAGAAAUGAACUAACACUAUUGGACAACAGGAUUCCUUCAUGUUGUGUUAUCUACAUCCCACUGAUUGGAUUUCUUCUAACUAUUCCACGUCUUCCAAGCAUGGUAAACAAGAAUGAUUUUGAGAUAGAAGGACUAGAUUUCAUGUUUCUCUCUGAGGAUAGACUUCAUUAUAGAAGUGCUAGAACUAAGGAGCUUGAUACAAUGUUGGGAGACUUGCACUGCGAAAUCCGGGACCUUGAGACAGCUGUUAUGUAUCAAUUGCAGGCAAAGAUUUUAGAAAAGUCUGCAGUCCUUUAUGAUGUGAUGGAGUAUGCAGCCCAGUUGGACUGUCUAAUUGCCAUGGCUGUUGUAGCCCAAGAGAACACCUACACAAGGCCAAGACUAACCAACAAGAAUAUAGUCAAUAUCAAAGAUGGAAGACAUCCUCUAAUGGAACUGUGUACAAGAACGUUUGUUUCAAACCCCAUCAGUAGCGGUGAGGAACAUGGAAAGAUUCGAGUUCUCACUGGUCCAAAUUCCAGUGGCAAAAGUGUAUAUCUCAAGGAGAUUGGGCUAAUAGUGUUCAUGGCACUGAUAGGUAGUUAUGUCCCUGCUACAGAGGCAGAUAUUGGUCUAAUAGAUGGAAUUUACACAAGGAUCCAAAGCCGUGAAUCUGUGUCUGUGGGACUCUCAACCUUCAUCAUAGACUUGAACCAGUUGGCAGCUGCAGUUAACAAUGCUACAGAGAGAGCCCUGGUGCUAAUUGAUGAAUUUGGGAAAGGAACUAAUAGUGUUGAUGGCUUGUCCCUCCUUGCAGCUGUUUUGAGACACUGGGUGCAGGAAGAUGUGAAGUGUCCCCACAUCUUUCUCUCUACCAACUUUCACAGUUUGGUCCAACUUAAUCUCCUCCCUUCUAGUACCCUUAUACGGUACCUAACGCUAGAGACCAUCCUGGAUGGAGAGGAACUGGUGUUUUUCUACCAGCUGAAAGAGGGUGUGUCCACGAACAGCCAAACUGCCAAUAUAGCUAUACUAGCUGGGAUGCCACCACAAGUGGUGCAGCGAGGGAUACAGGUUUCUGAGCUGUACCGCAGGGGAGAACCUAUUCAUCGUGUUGACUGUCCUUCAAAAGCAAACCAAUUUGAGGGGUAUAAGGCAUUUGUUGAUAAGUUUCUUCAGUUGGACCUCAGUGACCCCAGCAUGGAUUUGCAGGAAUUUUUGAACAAAGAGGUGCUGUCAUUUGCAACAUCUGAGCUUUAACAUUACUUGUGGUGAACUACAUUCAUCAGGAUAAAGCCUGAGGUGAAAAGCAAAUUGGAUAACUUACUGAUGAGUCUAUGAAUUUUAUCCUUUUUCCCAGUGGUUUGUAAUGGUUAAACAGCAGCCUUUUCUGGGAUUGAUAGUUGCCCAAGGUUUGAGGUGAGCCUAUCAAAAAUGCACUGAUAACAUGAAAAAAUCUUUGUUGCUCCAAUGUGUUGGUUAGUUGAUCUCAGCGUUGUGACAGUCAUGAUGCUACAGAUGGCUCCAGCACCCCUGUGUAAGGAAUGGAAAAUUCAGUCGAGUUUCCAUUAAAAAUUAUGGGGGUGUCUAAAUUAUUGUUUUGGUUACUCCUGUAAGUAGUUCAUGAAUCUUGAGUUCAGUAUUCUGCCUGUACAAUCCACUAUUGAAUACAAAAGCAAGUGGUACCCCCUUGAGCUGAACGUCACAUAUUUAACAUAUAGCCUCAUUCAACUUCUCCAAACCCUCCCUCAGCC